UCUCUGUAGCGCAUCAUUCCGCGCUCAGGCACCACCGCAUCCCCGCACCUGCCGUCGAGGCGCAAAGCCUUCAUUCAAUCCUCUCAUCGCACGUGACACUCGCGACGACCAUACGAGUCCCGACUUAGCAUGUUCUGCUGUCGUUGUCUAAUAAUCGCUCUCUUUUCUUCAUGUUCUUCUCUUAACUCUAUUGAGAAACAGGAGGCAUGAGGAAAGCCAAACCCACCCACGUUCACAGAGUCGUCUUCAACCGAUGACCGGAUUUAAUUUAACUCAAGACUGGGGACAAACUUGUCUUCGAAUUAAUUUAUAUGCAAGCCGCCCCAAGAACCGUGUAAGAAUUUAUAAUCCCCACCUUCGGCCCCUGCGCCUAUUUUAGAUAAGACUCCUGAGCAACUGCAGUUCCACCAACGAAGAUGAUGAGAGGGGAGACGGUGGAGAGGCCCCGCGGGCACAGUCGGCGACUGCCGGACUUUUUGCUGAGUGUUAACCUUAAGUACGUAAAGCUGGGUUACCACUACCUGAUCACGCACCUGCUUACGCUGCUGUUGAUCCCGCUCAUGGUGGUGAUCCUGGUGGAGGCUGGAAGAACAGAUCCAAAUGAUUUACUGCAGCUCUGGCUUCAUCUGAAGUAUAAUCUCGUGAGCGUGCUGUUCUGCUUCGUGAUGCUGGUCUUCGGCUCCACUGUUUACAUCAUGACAAGACCCCGCCCAGUUUACCUCGUGGACUACGCUUGCUAUCGCCCACCCGACCGGCUUCAAGCUCCCUUCAAACAGUUCAUGGAGCACUCCCGCCUCUGUGGCAACUUCAAUGAAUCGGCUUUGGAGUUCCAGCGAAAGAUCCUCGAGCGUUCCGGCUUAGGCGAAGAGACCUAUUUCCCGGAGGCCAUGCACGAGUUGCCCCCGCGCCCUUCAAUGGCCGCCGCCCGCACUGAGGCGGAACAGGUUAUGUUCGGCGCUCUCGACAAACUCUUCCACAGCACUGGCGUCAAGCCAAAAGACAUCGGCAUCCUCGUCGUCAACUGUAGCCUCUUUAAUCCAACCCCUUCCCUCUCCGCUAUGAUCGUCAACCGGUAUAAGCUUCGUGUCAAUAUUCGCAGCUUCAAUUUGGGCGGCAUGGGCUGCAGUGCUGGGGUAAUCGCUGUCGACCUCGCCCGCGACCUACUGCAGGUCCACCGCAAUACCUAUGCUGUCGUCGUCAGCACGGAAAACAUCACCCAGAACUGGUACUUUGGGAAUCGUAAGUCUAUGCUGAUCCCAAACUGCCUCUUUCGCGUCGGCUGCUCUUCCGUCCUGCUUUCCAACCGCUCCGCUGAACGCCGCCGUGCAAAGUACCGCCUCAUCCAUGUUGUUCGCACCCAUCGCGGCGCAGAUGACAAGGCCUACCGCUGUGUAUAUCAAGAGCAGGAUGACGACGGAAAGGUCGGGGUUUCUCUUUCAAAGGAUCUGAUGGCAAUCGCCGGAGAUGCCCUGAAGAUCAAUAUCACCACGCUUGCUCCUCUUGUCCUCCCUAUCAGCGAGCAGCUUCUAUUUUUCGCGGCCCUCGUCAAGAAACUGUUCAAUGCCAAGGGUAAACCUUAUAUCCCUGAUUUUAAGCUCGCCUUCGAACACUUCUGCAUACAUGCCGGAGGUCGGUCUGUGAUCGACGAGCUCGAGAGAAAUCUACAGCUGCAACCAAUUCAUGUAGAGGCCUCCAGGAUGGCUCUCCACCGAUUUGGCAACACUUCUUCCAGCUCAAUCUGGUACGAGCUUGCCUACAUUGAGGCCAAAGGGAGGAUGCGCAGAGGACAUCGGGUGUGGCAGAUUGCAUUUGGGAGUGGAUUCAAGUGCAAUAGUGCAGUUUGGCAGGCUUUGCGUGACGUGAAGCAAUCCCCAGGAGGUCCGUGGGAGGAUUGCAUUGAAAGAUACCCUGUUGACAUGGUCGAUGGAAUUCCUGUUUCGGAGAACCUGUCGCUCCAGCAAUAGCAGCACUUCUGCUUUGUUAGAGAAGAAUUCAUCCAAUUCGCUUGAUUGUGUUCUUACAUUAGAAAAAACAUCAACCAAGAAGACUGGAUCAGUUGAACUAGGUUUUCUUGUUCAUUGAAUAAUUGCCCAUCCUUCAUAGUUUGCUGAUUGCAUACUGUCUGGGGCAUUGAACGUUCACUUGUUUUUCUUGUAAUUUGACAUUGUUAAACAGGACAGGCAUUAUGCCCUCACGUUCACAAUACGAAAUUAUUUUGGUUGGGACUGUAAAA